AGUGCUUGCUAGCAAAAGAAAACAAACACGGGAGAUAAAUCAAAAAUGGAAUUUGGUUCAUCAAAUUUUCCUAUUUUCACUAAAAAUGACGAUUUAGAUGAUGUUCGUCGCUCAGUCAAAUUUCAUCCCACCAUUUGGGGAGAAUAUUUCUUGGCGUAUGCCUCUACGGAAAUAUCUAGUGUUGAAAAGGACGAACUCCAAAAGCAAAAAAAAAUGAUGAGGAAGGUACUGAACCAAACGCCAGAUGAUUCAUCUCACAAAUUAGAACUUAUUGACGCAAUCCAACGCCUUGGAGUAAGCUAUCAUUUUGAAGAAGAAAUUGGAAAAUCCUUAAAAUGCAUUUAUGACAUUUACUCGGAGUGCAGUAACAAAGACAACAAUGUCCGUAGUGUUGCUCUGCGUUUUCGUUUACUCAGACAACAAGGUUAUGCUAUCUCGCCUGAUGUGUUCAGCAAAUUCACGGACAAGGAAGGAAAUUUUAAUGAGAUGAUGUUCGAAAAUGUUGAAGACUUAUUAGAUUUAUAUGAGGCGGCACAUUUUGGAGUAGAUGGGGAUGAAAUUCUUGAUAAAGCAUUAGAGUUUUCCUCCUCUAAACUUCAGUUUUUACUCCCAAUCAUGACCACUUCUCUUUCCAAACAAGUAAAAGAAGCCUUGAAGAUCCCAAUACUCAAGAGUUUGACGAGGUUGGGAGCCUGGAAAUUCAUUGCUGCCUACCAACAACAUAAAUCACAUAAUGAGAUACUAUUGAAUUUCGCAAAGUUGGAUUUCAAUAUUGUACAAAAGAUGCAUCAGAAAGAGCUCAGUCUUAUUACAAGGUGGUGGAAGGAUUUAAAUUUUACAAAUAAAUUAUCUUUUGCAAGAGAUAGAGUGGCAGAAUGCUACUUUUGGAUAUUGGGAGUGUACUUCGAGCCCCAAUACCAAUUUGAAAGAAGAAUACUCACCAAAGUCCUUGCUCUGAUUUCCAUUAUGGAUGACAUUUACGACAUCUAUGGCACGUUAGAGGAUCUCCAACUCUUUACGAGAAUUGUUCAGAGGUGGGAUGUUAAUGACCUGGACCAAUUGCCACCGUACAUGGGAAUAUGUUACAAAGCCUUUUUAGAUGUGUACCUUGAGAUGGAAGCUGAAGUGGAGAAUGGAGGGGAAUCAUAUCUUGUUCAAUAUACAAAAGAAGAGAUGAAAAAAUUGACGAGGGCAUUUUUACAAGAGGCAGAAUGGGUUUACAGUAAGUAUAUGCCAACGAUGGAGGAAUAUACAGAGGUGGCUCUUGUAACUACUGGUCAUGCGAUGAUGGCAACACUUUCCCUGAUUGGUGUGAGAAACACAGUGACGAAGAAAGACCUUGAAUGGAUUACAAGUAAACCCCUAAUAGUACAAGCAUCGGCAAUCGUUUGUCGAUUCAUGGACGACAUCGUGGGAUUUGGGAUUGAGAAAAAAUACACAGCAGUGCAUUGUUACAUGAACCAAAAUGGUGCUUCAAAGAUGGACACUUUUGCUCAACUUAGGGAACAAGUGAAGAAAGCAUGGAAAGAUAUGAAUCAAGAAUGCCUUGAACCGACACCAGUCUCCAUGUCGAUCCUUAAACCUGUUGUCGAUCUUGCUCGUGUCAUACAUCUCUUGUACGCGGAUAAUGAUGACUACACCAAUUCCCAAACUAAUACGAGAGACUAUAUAAGCUGCGUGCUGGUCGAGCCUCUGACGACCUGAAGAUCGGACAAUGCAUGUCGCGAGGCUGGAGCUCAUUCCUUUGCUCCUCGGACUUAAUUUGCAGAUAAAGUUAAAGCAAAUUAAUCGAUAAAAAUAAAGACUUGAUGUCUGCUUCUCGUACAAGACAAAUUUCCUACGUAUUGUUGAAUGAAAUAAGAGCAUGUUUGCUUCUCCC